AUGGAAUACUGUUCUUAUAUAGGUUAUUUUUUCUCAAUUCACCAGGAAAGUCAACGGAGCAAUCACACCCACGGUGCAAAAUUUACCGAGGCUGUCCGUGGCAGCGGCGUGGCCAAAUCGACAGCCCACCGGCUGUUAAAUGAACUGGUUGGGAUUGGCGCGGUACGCUUCGAUGCAAACUCCAAAACUUACUACGGCGGCCUGCUGCUAGCGCAGCUCGGCUCGGCCGUGGCGGCCGAGUACGACUUGCGCAAGGUUGCCCGGCCGCAUCUCGAACGCCUUCAGAAAGAGAUCGGCCAUACCGUGACACUCGGAAUCCGCGACGGCGACCAGGGGAUUUACCUGGACAAAGUAGAAUCAAAAGAUUUCGGCAUUCGUCUGCAUUCGGAAAUUGGCAAGUCUUUUCCGUUACAUUGCACAGGCAUUGGCAAGGUUCUCAUGUCCGCGACCCCCGCCGCUGAGUUAAGCACGCUCUUGCGCGGUAAGCUCAAGGCACUCACGGCGCGCACAAUCACCAGCAAGGCCCGACUCAAGAAAGAGCUGGCUGAAAUUCGGCGGCGCGGCUACGCCAUCGACGAUGAAGAGAUCACCCGCGGCUUAAUCUGUAUUGCCGCACCAGUGUUCGGGCCCGGUCAGCAGAUUGCUGGCGCCCUCAGUUGCACGUUUCCGACCUGGAUCAGAGAUGAGCGCGGUAUUGAACUAGAAAUCGAGGCAGUUGUUGAAGCGGCACAGGCCGCUUCGCCGAGCGACUAG